UACCUCAUCCGGUAUGCUUCUAAUUUCCCUUCGACAUUUUCAUAGCGUUAAUGGCUUAAGAAUUUUCAUUCCAGAAACUUCUACGUCUCUUCAUGUUCAAAUCUCCAACUCUCUGCACUUUAAACCCAACGAUUCAAAAUUCACAUGGCGAGAAUCACUUCCAUCCUCUUCUUCAAGCUCAAACAUCAAACUCUCUUCUCCUCCACCUCCUUAUUCCGCCACCACCUCCCACCGUUAACCGUCCCUAUUCCACCCACACCCCCAAACGAAUCCUUCUUUUCCCGACUCUUCAACAGCACCACCACUACUUCCUCUCAACAAACAACCACCCCAAAGCGCAACACCAAGGUAAACUUCUCACUCUCCGACUCUGAAUCCGACGAUGAUUCCCAAUCGCCACCAACGCCAGCCGUGAAAGAGAUAAACAAGAGCAAGCUACCGCCACCGUACGACCCAUUUAAGAAAACCCCGGUGAUCCAAGAACCCGAUGACCCCACAAAUCUCCAGGAAGUGUUUCACAAAAUACGCACAGAAGGGCUCAACGAUAGUGCAGUCAAGAUGUUCGACGGAUUGUCUAAAGACGGACUCACCCACGAAGCGCUUGAAUUGUUCUCCCAGAUCAAAGAUAAAGGCCAGAUGCCGGACGUAGUGGCGCACACGGCUGUUAUCGAAGCGUACGCCGCCGCUGGUAAAGCUAAAGAAGCCCUGAAGGUGUAUACGCGCAUGCUUGCUUCCGGCGUCCUGCCCAACGCCUACACUUACUCGGUGUUAAUCAAGGCUCUGGCGGGGUCCGGUGACCAGAAAUUGUUAGGGGAAGCGAAGAAGUAUUUUGUGGAGAUGAUGGGGAAGGGGAUUAGACCGAAUCCGGCGACAUGUGUGGUGGUUAUGGAGGGGUUUGUGAAGGUAGGAAAGGAAGAAGAAGGUAGAGAAAUGGUGGUGAAGAUGAAGGCUCUUGGAAUGGCUCCUGAUGAAAAGGGUGUGAGAGAGAUUUUGAAGAACAAAAGAGGUCAGGUUUUUCGAUCAGUUAUCAACAUUUUAUUUGAAAGCUGAAAUGAGUUAAAACAUAGAGAGAUUACAUGUUAAGAACUUCCUCCUUGUUGAAAGACAAUGUCGAAUGCAAAAUCUUGAUUUUUGUAACGCAUAUAUUCAAAUUUGCAGUUUGAAUUUGUUUUGAUCAAAGAA